UCCAAAGUGCACAUCAUGACACAACCAUCGAGUUCAGCAGCGCUCGCUCCUUGCGAGUAUAAGACUGGUAGAUCGCUAGGGCAAGGCAGUUAUGCGACGGUCAAAGAAGCCGUCAAGAUCAAGACGGGCGAAAAAUACGCCGUGAAGGUGAUCAGCAAACGGUUGAUGCAGGGACGGGAGCAUAUGAUUUUGAACGAAAUUGAGGUUCUGAAAAGAAUAUCAAAAGGUCAUCCAAAUAUUGUAACCUUGUGGGAUUAUUUUGAAACUCCAAAUAAUCUCUAUCUUGUUAUGGAUCUUUGCACUGGUGGCGAGUUGUUUGAUCGUAUUUGCGAGAAGGGAAGCUUUUUCGAAGGUGAUGCUGCCGAAAUUGUACGUGUCGUUGUCGAUGCCGUUGCGUAUUUGCACGAUCAGUCUAUAGUACAUCGUGAUAUUAAGCCUGAGAACCUGCUAUUCAAGACUAAAGAAUCUCUCAGUGAUCUGGUCAUUGCCGAUUUUGGUUUGUCAAAGAUAAUGGAUCCGGACAAGUUUGACAGCUUGAUGACCACAUGUGGGACCCCUGGAUAUAUGGCACCUGAGGUGAUUCAGAAAAAGGGCCACGGAAAGCCGGUCGAUCUCUGGUCCAUUGGUGUCCUUGCAUACUUUCUUUUGUGCGGCUAUACGCCCUUUGAUUAUGAAGCGCCUUCACAAGCAGAUGAGCUGCAGAACAUUCUCACUGGGAGAUACUCCUUUGCCGCAGAAUACUGGUAUGACGUUUCGGACAUGGCCAAAGAUUUCAUCAAGAAGCUGCUGCUUGUGGAUCCUCAUGAGCGUAUGACCGCACGACAGGCACUGGCGCACCCAUGGCUCAGAAUGUAUCAGGCGCCAGUAGACCCUGAGACUCCUCAAACACCCAAUGUUGACCUGCUCCCACACGUGCGCGAGCGAUUCAAUGCGCGCCGGAUGUUUCGUAAGGCAAUCGACGUUGUGAAAGCCGUCAACAAGCUUGCGCACUCCCCACAUGGGUCAGCGAAUAACCUGACUCAUCAAACCUUGGACGUCUCAGAGUACCGCCCUAAAGACGACGGUAAUGGAGAUUUACUGGUCAUUCGACGUGAAUAGGCGGUUAAAUAUGUCCGACGCUUACGCAUAAUAUAUCAUUAGUUAUUGUCUAUAACCAUAAAGCUAUAGUGAUCAGACAGAAGUAGUAGUGCACACCUGCUUGUUUGAAUCCUAGCACUGCAGCACAUGUUCCACUGAUCAAGCAGCGCGACGUAUUCCAGGAAUCAGGAAACACUCGAGAUAUUCAGUCAUGCGCUGAACUGUGUCCAUCAAAUAGAGCCUAGACUCAUUUCAAUCGUAGUUUGUACAAAAAAAAUCACGUAUAUAUACAAGCAUCC